AAAGAGAGGUCAAUUUCGGGAUUGGACUAUAUUCUUCAACAUUUCAGGAAUUAUACACACAUUUGAUCAGGCUUUCGUAGAAGUUGUGUUAGUAUUUCCAUGGGUAAAGUUUGACAAGGCUUCUGCACCAUGAACGUGAAAAACACUAAUGAAAACCCGACUAAUCGCCUUUGUGACCUUUGAAAGUAUUUGUUGUGAGAGCCGAAAGCGUCUGAUAACACGGGGCAGAGGCAUCGAGAUAAAUAAGAAACGAUUCGGCAGUGUAGAAGAUCAGUGUUACAGCAGGAAGGCCAUGAGUGUGAUAAUGGAAAUGAAUGAGUAAGCAGUGUUUCAGCAGGAAGGACAACAGUAAUAAGGAAGAUGACUAAGCAGAGUAUUACAGCAGGAAGGACAUGAGUGUGAAUUAAUGAAGGGAAAGAAACAAGAAAGCAAAGUAUUACAGCAGGAAGGACGACAGUGUGAGGUGUGAACAUGAGGCGAUGACAUGUCCGAACUCCUGCCUCUGCACAUGCUCCGCUUCUCACAACAGUACCAAUAAUAACGCACUACCUUCCAAUACGCAAUAUGUUGACCUUAUCGUGAGUGAGAUGCGGGACCCCCCCAAGACAAUACCGGAAGUGAAGGGAUAACAUAACACUGAAGAAACAAAAUGUCGACAACAAUGAAGAGAUACUAAGGAGCAAAGAAAAAAAAGAAUGAAGAACAGCAGUAACAAAACAGGCAGUGCCACAGCGAGUCCGUUCCCCGCGUCCCUUCAGCGAGAAUGAGGAUGACAAGUCGGGAGGACAUGAGCGCAGCGGCGGCGUCGGUACAGCGGCGGACAGCGGCGGGGCGAAACGCUACCGGCAGCCGCGCGCCCUUCCCCAGCGACCUGACUCUGCAGAUUGACAACUUCACCUCGGGACCCAGCACGCCCGCCUUCACGCCCGUCCCGCGCCCAAGGCAUUACGAGCCCAAGGGAUUCCUGGCGGAGGUGGCCCAGCAGGGGAGGCGGCGCGAGGCUCGGGUGUCCAUGCCCUUGUUCCUGGAGGAGGUACCCUACAGCAGGAUGUCUCUACCCCCUAUCGUGCCCGUGGAAGUGGACGGGACGGAGGUGGCGGCGCUCAUCCAUACCGCCAGCCACAUCUCCCUCGUGUCGAGCGCGCUGGUGCAGGAGCUGGGCGUGCGACAGGACGUGCUCCCCGACACCUCCAUCCCACCCUCGCCCCUCGCCGCAUGCAACGGCACGCACUGGCUGGUGGAGGGCAAGCUGCGGUACGUGGAGCUGUCCCUGCGAGGAGCGAAGCAUGUGACGCAGCUGCACGUGGCACGUGACCUGCCGACGGACCUGGUGCUGGGCGCGGAUUUCCUGAAGAAGGCGCGGGUGCAGGUCAGCUUCCCGGAGAGCGCCAUCACCCUGCCCAGCGGCACCCAGGAGACCAAGGUGGCCUUCCUCACGUCCAAGGAGAUGACGCAGCACAACCAGCGCCGCCCCGCCAACGCCUCCACCUCCUCCACCGCCUCCACCAUCACCGGGGGCGGGCGGUCCUACUCCUCCAACUACUGACGCUAGGAGGAGGGCAAAGGAGAUGAUGAUGAUGAUGAGGAGGAGGAGGAAGAGGAGAACUAGGAAGAAGAAGUAGAAGAAGAAGAAGAAGAAGAAGAAGAAGAAGAAG